AUGGCUGAAGUCGAAAAUGUUGCUCCAGAAGUGUCGGUGGACGAGAAAGCUGAAAAGUAAGUUUUAUAUUCUUUAUGUAUUUUGUGUUUUUAGGUAUCUCACAAAAUUUCGAACGUAACAGAUUGAAGUUUAAGAUUUUUUGGCACUUCAAGUGUUGUGAAAGUAUUUAAAACAGAUUUUUAACUUUGAGUUUAAGAAAAUAUGUACUUUAGAGAGAAACAAAACAAUGUAUAUUAUUAUAACUGUUAUAAUAAUUUGAUGCAAAAAGUUUUAUGCUUUACUGUUAAUUUUUCUGUUUCAGCAACCAAAACAAGGUGAAGACUGGAUUGGCUGAAGGGAGAAAGUUGUUGAUUGCUGGAAACUACGAAUUGGCCAUUGAUCGUUUGUCCGAUGCUGCUCAACUUGGGUAAGUUAAUAUUCCUUUUUAUUGAUGCAUAGAGCUUGUGAAAGGACUUGGUGAGUGAAAAGCAGUUUGGAGAACUUUCAACUGGUUUGAACUUAGAAAUGACAAUUAAUUUUGGCUUUGGGAACUAUAUGUUGUGCUCGGGAAGGAUAGUUUAGGUUUAUCAACCUAGAAUUAAGUAUUAUAUAGAGUUUUUAUGUUUGAAGUUUGAGAUUUAGCUUAAAAAUUUUUAAAAUAGCUUUGUUUAUUUUUUGGUGUACUUUAACUUUCUUCCCUUUUAGUGUUACCGUUUUUGGCGAAUUCGGAAAGGAAAUGUACGACGUCUACUUGGCGUACGCUCGUGCUCAACUGGAAUGUGCUAGUGAAAUGGCGUUGGUUGUGAAUCCUAAAGUUGACGAUGAAGCUGACAGCACUGAUGACGAGGAAGACGAUGAAGAGCAGAAGGAUGAGGCAAAAGAAGCCAAGAAGGAUGAAGAAGAGAAUAAAGUUGAUUCAACUGGGGAUAAGCCAUCUUCUGAAGCUGAAAAUGCGUCCAAGGAUUCAGAAGAACAGCCAGAAGACCCCAAGACUUCGGAGGAGAAGCCAGAAGAGACUACGACACCUGAAGAAAAGUCAGAAGAGACUAAAGAAGAUAAAGAAGACGACAAACUCGAAAAGAUGGACGAAGAAGACACCGUGUCAGUGAAGAAUGAGAACGGCGAAACCCCAGACGACGCUCUAACUGACAUGAUCCGCUCUUCAUGGGACUUCUUCGAGUUGGCCAAGAAAAUCGCUCAACGUGAGUUGGAAUCAGCGACCGAGAAGAAGGAAUGGUCGAGGAAGCUGGCUGACGCCGUCUUUGGGGUGGGCCAGUUGAUGAUCAUCGACGAACAGUUUGAUGUAGCUCUAGACGAACUGUCGAAAGCCUUGGAAAUUAAAAAAGAAGUUCUGGAUGAGGUGGAUCGAGAACUGGCUGAAUGUCAUCACGAGAUUGCUCGAGUUUUGAAUCUGAAGGAAGAGUUUCCAAAGGCUACUGAGCAUUAUCAACAUGCUUUUGAUGUGAUAAACAAGAGAAUUGGUGAGUGUUUUUAUUUUUUGUGAGGAGAAGCAUGGUUUUGAUGAAUACUUUUUUUUUAAAGUUGGAUUUUAAUGUUGUUUUUUGGUUUUUCAAGAUGUAGUAGGUAUAGGGCUUCAAUUGGAUUUUGUUAUGACAGUUUUAGAAGUGAAGUUAGAUUAAUGAAAUUUUGAUAUCUUUUACCUUAUUUUGUUUGUUAAGCAUCUCAAAAAAGAAACUUUUGAAAUUAAAAAAUAUUUGGAAGUUACAGUAAUUUUACUGUACUCUAAUUUUUCAAUUUUUAUAGGAUUUUUAAAUUUUUUGUAAAAUACGAGGUCCAUUAUUGCUAGUUCAUUUGAUUUACUAAUUUAAGAGCACUUGGAAACCACUAAAACCGACGAGAACAAGAAGGAAGUCGACAAAGAGAUUGCCGACCUCGAGGACGUGAGCCGUGAGAUCAAAGCCAAGAUCAAGGAAGCGUCGGAACAAGAGAAGUUGGACGAGAAGAUCAAGGAAGAGCUGAGGAAACGAUUGCUCGGAACAACCGCUUUUGAGCAAGUCGAACAGAAGCAAGGCGAGGUUAUCAACGACAUUUCCGAAUUGGUUCGCAAACGUAAGAAACCUACCGAGAAUACUGAGGAAACCGAUGAAAAACGAUCAAAAACCGAGUGA